AUGUCAUUCCCGACAGUGAAAAUAAUAGAAUUUGAUGUUUCUUUUUUUUCUGCUAGAUGUAGAUGCAAGGGAAUUAAUUUUGUUUAUUUGCCUCCAAUUCAGGAGAGUUAUUAUUUACAGUUCCAUUCUAUUGUUCUGCUUGUUUUCAACAGAUCAUUUAACAUAUUUCAAUAUUAUUUUAGCAAAUAUCGAAUAUUCAAUUGGAUGGGCUCUGACCAGAGUAGCUUACCUGCUGGAGUGCCAGGAAGUAAUCUUCGAUCCCAAAGAGAUGAAGAUAUCCCAUAUACAACUUAUUCAAUCAGUAAACCUAUUGAUGGAGUGGCCCCCAACCCUUACUCAGAUGAUGAUCACCCUGAUGAAUCUCCACGUGCUUCUCCUCGGUCACAUAAUCGGCAUCGUCAUUCUCAAAAGGGUGACCGUGAGGGCACACCCAAGCAUGACAUAGUUGUUGUCACAGAAUGUGGGCCUAUGCAGAAGGACCCCGAUCCUGAGCUCACCAAACUGAAUGCCAUUCCUGUUUUCCAUCCUGUUAUUAAGCGUUCUGUAAACGGUAAUCGAGGAGAAAUGGAAUUUAUAGAAAAACUUGACCACCGACAAGUUUUGUUGCUGUGUAUACGUUACCAGGAACAUCUAAAACAGUUGUCAGAGGCAGUGGCUUUUGAUCAAAAUGCUCUUUGCAUACGUGUAAAAGAAAUUGACUCUGCAAAGCCCACCCAAAAUGAAGAUGUUCUCCCAACUGUGGGCCCUUCUGUGAGAAGUGCUACAAAUGUAAUGGCCCAAGAAGAGGCAAGCAACUCAGGAAGUAUUAUAAACGGUAAUUGUAAGCAGACCCGAAGACUGUUCAUUGUAACCAGAUCGCAUCUGGCCACCAAAAUCGAACGUAAACUGACUACACCAAAUACUCUCUGGCUGCCUUUUUCCCACUGA